AUGAAUGAUCUCUUCUCAAGUUCGUUCAAAAGAUUUACAGACCUCAAGCCGCAGUCCUUUGAUGUUGAGGCUGGUGGGGAUGCUGGAAGAGAGAGUGUCAAUCUCGAAAAAUUCUUCGAAGAAGUGGAGAAUGUCAAGGAUGAUAUGAGAGCUGUGGAAAAUUUCUACAAGAAACUCCAAGAUUUGAAUGAAGAAAGCAAAACAGUCCACAAUGCGAAGACCAUGAAAGACCUUCGGGCCCGAAUGGAUACUGAUGUUGUGCAGGUCUUGAAACGGGUUAAAAUCAUCAAGGGGAAGCUGGAGGCCCUUGAACGCUCCAACGCCGCUAACCGCAACCAUCCAGGAUGUGGCCCUGGGUCCUCCGCAGAUCGAACCAGGACUUCUGUUGUUGGGGGACUGGGGAAGAAGCUCAAGGACAUGAUGGAUGAUUUUCAGAACUUAAGGGUCAGGAUGAAUGCUGAAUACAAGGACACAAUCGAGCGAAGGUACUUCACUAUAACGGGGGAGAAAGCAGAUGAAGAGACCAUCGAGAACUUGAUAUCGAGCGGAGAAAGCGAAACCUUCCUUCAGAAGGCGAUUCAGGAUCAGGGCAGAGGCCAAAUCAUGGACACCAUUUCUGAAUUGCAGGAGAGGCAUGGGGCGGUGAAGGAGAUAGAGAAAAAUCUGAUAGAGCUUCACCAAGUGUUCCUAGAUAUGGCCGCACUGGUAGAGGCGCAGGGGCAGCACCUGAACGACAUCGAAAGCCAUGUAGCCCAUGCCAGUUCCUUCGUCAGAAAAGGCACCGAUCAGCUCCAGAUUGCGAGGAACUACCAGAAGAGCAGCAGGAAAUGGACCUGCAUCGCCGUUGGGCUAGCCAUUUGUUUGAUCAUUGUCAUCCUUUUCCCCGUCUUGAAGUCCCUUGAUAUGAUUCACUUGUAG